CGCCGACCGAGGCGAACUCCACUGCCCCGCGGAACUGCGCUUUUCGCCCCCAGAGAGACGCGUCCCACUCGGACACCCGUGAGAAAAAUUACUCCCUGCUGAGUCCGUUCACGCCACAAAAUGUCAUCGUCGGGCAAGGACGCCAACAGCGGGCAUUACGCCAACUAUGUGGGACCGUACCGCUUGGAGAAGACGCUGGGCAAAGGACAGACAGGUCUCGUGAAGCUGGGCGUCCACUGUGUCACGUGUCAGAAAGUCGCCAUAAAGAUUGUCAACAGAGAAAAGCUCAGCGAGUCUGUUCUUAUGAAGGUGGAGCGGGAGAUAGCCAUCCUCAAACUCAUAGAGCAUCCCCACGUUUUAAAGCUGCACGACGUCUACGAAAAUAAGAAAUACCUGUAUCUGGUGCUAGAGCAUGUGUCCGGGGGGGAGCUCUUCGACUACCUGGUGAAGAAGGGCCGGUUAACACCUAAAGAGGCCAGAAAGUUCUUCAGACAGAUCAUCUCCGCCCUGGACUUCUGCCACAGCCACUCCAUAUGCCACAGAGAUUUGAAGCCCGAGAACUUGUUGUUAGAUGAGAAGAACAACAUCAGGAUAGCAGACUUUGGCAUGGCGUCUCUGCAGGUCGGGGACAGUCUGCUGGAGACCAGCUGUGGAUCCCCGCACUACGCCUGCCCAGAGGUUAUCAGGGGGGAGAAGUAUGACGGGAGGAAAGCAGAUGCAUGGAGCUGUGGAGUCAUCCUGUUUGCACUUUUAGUGGGCGCUCUGCCUUUUGACGACGACAACCUGAGGAAUCUUUUGGAGAAGGUGAAGCUGGGAGUUUUCCACAUGCCUCACUUCAUCCCUCCGGACUGUCAGAACCUUCUGCGCGGCAUGAUUGAAGUGGACGCCACCAAGAGGCUCACGUUAGAGCAGAUCCAGAAGCACACGUGGUACCUAGCUGGGAAGAACGAGCCUGAGCCGGAGCAGCCCGUCCCCAGGAAGGUGGCCAUCAGGACGCUGGCUGCGGCCGAGGAGAUCGACCCCGACGUACUGGAGAGCAUGCACUCUCUGGGCUGCUUCAGAGACAAGGACAAACUGACCAAAGACCUGCUGUCUGAGGAUGACAACCAGGAAAAGAUGAUCUACUUCCUCCUCCUGGACCGUAAAGAGAGAUAUCCCAGCCACGAGGACCAGAACCUGCCGCCGCGCAACGAGAUCGACCCUCCCAGGAAGCGCGUGGACUCGCCCAUGCUGAGCCGCCACGGCAAACGGAGGCCGGAGAGGAAGUCCAUGGAGGUGCUGAGCGUCACGGAGGGCGGGUCUCCCGUACCGGUACGGCGAGCCAUCGACAUGGCGACACACGGUCAGAGAUCGCGGUCGAUCAGCGGAGCGUCCUCCGGUCUGUCCACCAGUCCUCUCAGCAGCCCCCGGGUGACCCCUCACCCCUCCCCAAGGGGGAGCCCUCUUCCCACCCCCAAAGGCACCCCAGUGCACACGCCCAAGGACAGCCCGGCUGGCACGCCCAGCCCAACGCCCCCGCCCAGCCCCUCCAUCGGCGGCAUGCCCUGGAGGACGCGCCUCAACUCCAUCAAGAACAGCUUCCUGGGCUCGCCACGCUUCCACCGCAGGAAAAUGCAAGUUCCCACCCAGGAGGACAUGUCCAGCCUCACCCCAGACUCCUCUCCAGAACUGGCUAAGAAGUCGUGGUUCGGUAACUUCAUCAACCUGGAGAAAGAGGAGCAGAUCUUCAUCGUGAUCAGAGACAAACCUCUCAGCUCCAUAAAGGCCGACAUCGUCCACGCCUUCCUCUCUAUUCCCAGUCUGAGCCACAGCGUCAUCUCUCAGACCAGUUUCCGGGCGGAGUACAAGUCCACAGCCGGUCCAACGGUUUUCCAGAAGCCUGUGAAGUUCCAGGUGGACAUCACCUACACCGAGAGCACCAGCGCCACCAAGGAGAACGGCAUCUACUCCGUCACCUUCACCCUGCUCUCAGGUCCGAGCCGACGUUUCAAGCGUGUGGUGGAGACCAUCCAGGCUCAGCUGCUCAGCUCCGACCAGCCCGGCGUCCAGCCGCAGAUAUCUGGGAUCAUCCAUAAUAACUAUUAACCUCGGCGGCUCCUCGAGACCGGGCCGACAGCGGCCCACUCACGGCCUGCCACCGUCAAGAGAGUC